AAAGUCGACGAGAAAGAGGGAGAGAAACGAGAGAAAUCGAUUUACUCAACAUCUAGGACUCUUCGGCCCUUUCACAAUUGUGAGCUAGGAUUUGGCGAUCGCGAUAUUGUGCAGUCGCCAUCGCAAUCGAGUUCGCAAGUCGAUUUCAUUCAAUGUGUGUAAAUGAGCGAUGCCAACACAGAUCAUGCGCAUGAUUACGUUUCAAUUUAAAAUAUAGAUUUAUUCAAGACCAACUUUUGUGAAGUAUCGAUAGCAGUGAUAGAAAUCUGAUAAUAAUUAAGUGGUUCAAAUUUAUUUUACUAUCUAAUAAUUAUAUAAUAUUUAUAUAAUAAUUGUAAUAAAUUAUUCAAAUUUAAUUUUUAAUUUAAAAUUGCAUAUCUUUGAUAAUCUCUAAGGAUUUUUAAAAACGUGUUGCGCAAGAUGUGUGUUAUCUUUAAGCAGUUCUCUGCUAUCUGAGUAAGUCUAGGUUUCUAUAAUAGAUAAUUUUUGCAAAUUUCUUUUUUUUGUAGAAUAAUUUUUAUAAUAUUUCUGUUAAAUAUUAUUUACUAACUACCAGUAUCUUUAAAGCAAAAGAGAAAAUCUUCGUGAUGCAUGAGAAAUUUGGCACUUUUCUUUUUAUACGUUUUUAUGUAAAUCAAUAAAUAUACAGUACACAGCUUGUGAUGCCGUAUACAUUUUAAGGUUUCUGCAGAAUGAAGGAAAGUUCUCUGAUAUAAAAAUACAAUAUUUCAAUUUUAUAGAUAUAUUAAACUUUUACGAUUUUUUUCACGAUAGUUCAAUCUUCUUCACGAAAAAGAAAGAGAUAUGGUGUCGGUUAUAUACACAGCACGCUAUUAUUAGAUAUGCCAUAAAGUAAACAAUCUUUUGCGCAAUCUCUAUAAAGCUAAAUAUGAUGUGUGAACAAUUUAAAAACUGUAGCUUAGCAUUUUCUAAAUGUUACUUAUUCUUCUCUAGACACAUCUUCUAAUUCUAUCAUUAUUUUUAUUAUAUAAUUAUUUGUAUUCUAUAUCACCUAAAAACUGUUCCAAAAUUUAACAAUAAAAAAAAUACAUUUGAGCUAAAUUUCAUAUCAAGUAAGAAAGAAUAAACAAAAUAGCCAAAUAAUAUUUAUUGUAUUAAAUAUAAGUUUUUCUGAAACUAACUUCGAACUUUUCACACUCGAGAGUCGCGGCGAUAAGAUAGCUUCCGAAAAGAUACAGUCUGAUCGUCUGACAAAAAUAUUUUCACACGACGAUAUCAUAAGACGCGUGUAGUCUUUCACGAAAGUAUUUGACGGCGAUAUCUCCAGACAAGAUGCACGGAAUCGCGCACUUUGCAGAUGUCAUUUCAUGGCGGCGUUGCGGAAACUAUUUUAUUUAAAGGCUGGCGUGUAGAUGACACGCCGGGUAUGAUCGGUUCCGUCAUCGGUGUCGUUCUUCUAACCGUGUUGUACGAAGGACUAAAAUCUUAUCGUGAGUAUCUCUUCGCGCGCACGACGUUUCUCAGGAAGAACCAACAGAAGAAAUCGAGAAGUGCAUUGUUGUUUUCCGGAGUGCAUGUCUUCCAAAUGCUUCUCCAUGUGAUCCAAGUGGUGCUCAGCUAUUUUCUCAUGUUUAUUUUUAUGACGUACAACUAUUGGCUCUGCAUCGCUAUUGGAAUUGGCACAGCUUUCGGAUAUUGGUUAUUUUGCUGGGAAAAAUCCAAUAAUGAUAAUACAGACUGUUGUCUGUAAAUACAUUUUUAAAAUAUUGUUUUUAAAAUGUUGACAAUUUUUCGUAUAUAAAAUGCGUUAAUUAAUUAUUUAUUCCAUUAAAAUAAUCGAUUAAUAUUAUGUAUUUAACAUUUGUGCAUAUGUAUAUUUGUAUAAAUCGUAGUUUUGAUAAUUAAUCAAUACAAUAAUAUAUUAUUCAAUCAAGAGGCAUGAUAGCAUCUCGCGUCAAAUGUACGUAAGCAUGAUAACAAAUUUUGUAUUAGACAAUAAUUCUUUUUAAUAAUACAAUUUUUUUCUCACA